AGCACCGGCCCUGGAGUCAGGAGUACCUGAGUUCAAAUUCGGCCUCAGUCACUUAACAAUUACUAGCUGUGUGACCCUGGGCAAGUCACUUAAUCCGAAUUGCCUCACUAAAAAAAAAAAUGCUUGCUGUUAGGUUAGGGCUAAACCUCAUUUUAAGAGGGGAGCAGGUAAAACUCAGAGGGUGAGUCGCUUGUUCAAGGUCAGAGCAGGCGCUAGAACGCAGGGUUCCUGGUUCCCAGCCCAGGGUUCUUCCUGCCACCCUUUCGGGUCAGGAGGUAUUGAGGUAGCGACAAUGGAUAGAGCUGCAGCAUGCUAGCAGGGUGACCCUGGGCAAGUCACUUCACCUCUGCCUCAGUUUCCUCAUCUGUAAAUGGGAUAGGAAUACCCCCUACCUCCCAGGGUUGUUUUGAGAAUCAAAUGUAAUAGUAUUUGUAAAGUGCCUAGCAUAUAGUAGGUGAAAAAAAGUAUACACACAUAUAUAUGCAAAUAUAAGCUAUAAUAAUAGCUAAUUUUAUUAAGUAGUCAUCUGUUUAAAAAAAAAACCAAGCAGUGUCUGUGGCAGAAACGGAGAAUUCUACCCAAAGGUUAUCCUAGGACAAAGGAAAGGGAACCAGGAGCGAUGUAUGGAGCUUAAUGUGAGGCAGCUUUCCUCUCUCAGGUCCUAAAAUCGGAGCCACCCUACAGUGGAACAGACUGCCCUGGAUUCCCAGGCACCGGGAAGGGUUCCAGCAGAAAAUGAAUGACUGCCUGUCCUUUCCAGCCUGAACAGUCUACAGUGAUCUGUUUCUGCCACAUCCAAGGCUCACCCAGCAAGAUGUCAUCUGCUGCCUCUCGGGGUCACAACUGGACACGUUCUCAGCCAGCUGCAAAUGAAGACAGUGAGGACCCUGUGGAUCAGAUGAUCUCUCGCACAGGUUGCAUGGCCUCUCACCAUGCUGUGCAGGAGUGUAUGGCUGAGCACCAAGACUGGAGGAAGUGCCAGCCCCAAGUUAAGGCCUUCAGGGAGUGCAUGAGCCAAUACCAGAAGCACAGGCUGGAAGAGCUGCAGAGGAAGCAAAAGCAGGUUCCCACUGAUGGCUGAGACACCCAGAGGACUAGCCUGAGGAAGGCUGAACACCCAGCAAACUCAGUGAGGAACUUGGGAACUUAUGGAGGAUGUUGCUAGAAAGAAGACAAUUCAGAACAGCCAAUUCAAUGCAAAAUGACCAAUUUUAUUAAGCAAAUACUGGGUUAGAGUCCAGUACUUAAUCCUGGAAAGAGGAGGGAGAAAUGUGCUGAAGAGGUCUCUUAAAGGCUCCCACCCAUGCCAUGUUCCAGUGCCCAAGACUAUGUUGAUUCUUCAGAAGUUUAAAUGAGAAAUAAAUUCAUAACCUAAAA